AUGGCGCCCCAGGGUAUACUACAGAAGAGAGUGCUUGGGAUCAGACUGGCUGCCAUUGUGGCUCUCACAGUUCUCCUCUUGUUCUCACUCUACGCCACCCUCGUCGCAAAUCACAACCCGCUUGACACGACAUCUGAAGGAUCCUCCGCCGACGUCAGCAAUGUGUCAGCAUUCUUCCAAAGCCUUUCGGACAAGGUGGGGUUUGGCAGGGAGGAUGCGCGGCUUGAUGCGAUCAGGUCUGAGAUGUCCGACAUGCGCAAAGACAUGGAGAGGCUUAGAACCGAUCAAGUGGGGACUCGGGCAGCGGUAGACGGCUUGAACCAAACCUGGGGGGCGUUCUUUGCUAGUUUCAGAGGGCAGGGAGGGACAUAUCAGACUGGAUCGAAGAAGGAUUCUCUUUCUGACAUGUCAUUAGAGGAGCUAGACAAAGACGGUGAGCUGGCUGCCGAUGAGCUGGCUGCAAGAGCAGCUGGAGAGAAUGAGCUCCCAAUGCAGUCAGGUUUAGCGGGGCAGGCUUUGGAAGCUCAAAAAGGAGGGCUGAGGCAAUGCACGUCAGGAACGUUACUAGGCUCCUGGCGCAACUCUUCUUUCGUCCCGCUUCCAUAUGACGCCAUGCAAGUCUUUCUUGACGAAGCGGAGGGAUCCCUUUCCCCGGAGCGCACCGCGGGUUUGGAGUAUGAGGGAGAUGACUUUGGGUCCGUUCUCGACGCAUUCCCUGACCUUGUAGAGAAUCUAACAGAGCGCUCUGAUGGGCAGCUUCAUUUUCAGCCCCCCUGCUUCUACCAUUUUUACUCGAAGGAAGACAUUCUCCGCCUCUUUGCGGGGAAAUGGGUGUUCUUCAUCGGCGACUCAAACACGAGGGCCUUGUGCUUGGGACUCCUUACCAUUCUAGAUCCCACCCAUAACCAGCCGUACAGCGACACGCUCUGGUUCAAUGGCACGGGGGAGUGGGACGAGUUUCCCCACAUUGCGAUCGUGGACUAUUUUUUCAGGGGGGACGGGAGCAUUCUGUUCAAGACCGCACGAGACAUUCUGAACCCGGAUAAGCUGCCAACGGAGCCAUACAGCGUGCGCAUAAGCUAUCGGAUGCGGGAGGACGUUGGGAACGUGCUCCAAAAGAUUCCAGAGACAAUCGGGGAGAAGGACUGGCAGCCGGACUUGCUCUACUUCAACAGCGGCAGCUGGGACGCCUUUUUCCAGGACCAGCGGAAACGGAACUGGACGGAAACGGACAGAAUGUAUGGCGUUCUGAUGGACCAUAUCGCGUCUACGUGUGAUCCCCAGCGACAGGUGUGCGUCUGGGGAACGCUGACGAGCAACGUCGGCUUCCAGAACGUGCUGUACCACUCCCGGUUCGCGCUCAUGCAGUGGCGACACAUCGCCCGCAUCAUGCGCGCGCAGGUCGCCGGAGCAUCGACGCGCCUGCACUUUCUGGACCGGUUCUGGUCGUCCCACGUCAGCGACCAGCGGAGGGGGGGGCACUACGGACACAUGGUAAAUAUCUGGGACGCUCAGCGGCUUUUUAACGUUUACGAGGGGAUAAUGGCGGAGAACUUCCGCUUAGGGGUGGUGGGGAGUGCGGAGAUUCCGGAGGGGAAAAGUAGCGGGGAAAGGUUGGCGGAGAGACGAACUAGGAUCGGGAGAAAACCACCGCAGUGCGAGAUGAGGGUGGAGCAGGGCCACGUAGUUCGCGCGGAGUGCGAUUGGUUCCCCGAAAGGGUGACGUUUGCGGAAGGGUGCGUUUUGGUGCCGGAUGAAGUGGCAGAGCAGACGCAUUUUAGCAAUUACACUAUGUGGGAGGCGAACUGCGAAGCAAAAGUGGAUUAAUUUCGUUACACCCAAAGCAUCCGUGUGGAUAAAGUAGUACUCAAAGCGGUGCUCUUAUAAAUACGAAAGAACAGUGGCGGCAAACACGUCUUGCCGGCGUGCAAACUUAGGCUCCGUGCAUCAGUUUACAGAGACUCUGGUCAGCAUACAAUUGUACAAGUACAACGUCAGCAUAUUGAUCCCCUCCGAGUGACGACCAGUCACUCAUUAAAGCAGAACGCUGAAGCUAGGCUCGUACUGACGUAAAGGACGGUGCAGAAGUCAGCAACUUACUAAGCAGUCAAAAGAAGCGGAAUCAAAGUCGACCAGGUGUAACCAGACCAGAUAGAGGAUUAGUGAGAGGCUGGGUUCAAACUCCGGCAGUUCGUUUCAGGACUACUUGAGUCACCUUCCCAUUCGACGGAAGACUUUUCUUCGUCCAAGCGCCGCGCGCUAAGCAUAUUGAGUCGGCUUG